AUGGAAGGGUCUCUAAUCUGCUUGCAUUUGGUAGUUAUGAGCUUGGGAGGAUCUGCAACAAAAGAAGAUGGAGACCUAAUUGCUAAAUUAUUUGGAUCAGUUGGCAAGAUGUGGAGAGCCGAUGAGAAAUUGUUUGAUGCAAUCACUGGUCUGAGUUAUAUGGCAUCUUUUCCUUCAUAUAUAUACUUAGCCAUAGAAGCUUUGGCUGAUGGAGGAGUGGCUGCAGGUCUACCACGAGAACUUGCACUGGGUCUAGCUUCUCAAACUGUAUUAGGAGCAGCAUCGAUGGUCACUAAAACUGGGGAGCAUCCAGGUAAGCUUAAAGAUGAUGUUGCAUCCCCUGGUGGGAUUACUAUUGCUGGUAUUCAUGAGUUGGAGAAAGGUGGAUUCCGUGGAACUUUGAUGAAUGCUGUUAUUGCUGCUGCCAAGCGCAGCCGAGAACUGUCCCAAAGCUAGCCAUAUCAAUUUAUUCUUUGUCAACACUGGUAAUGCUGUUAGGACAUUGGAAUCUGCCUUUCUAUUUUAUUUAUUUGCUUUAACUUUGAAUAAGUGAUCUCCUGG